ACGAAACGAACUAGUACAGCAGCAGAAGGCAGCAACGCCACAAAGGCACAAGAGGAAUUCUCCCAACCGAAAGACAAGGCUCCCUCUUCUCAGCACGCCGAAGAAAUGAUCCUUUCUUUGGGCUUGACAUAAACUACACCUCCCAGGAGCCAGUACAAGUAAACCAUGGCUCCAAACUCCAUCCACUGGUUCAGAAAGGGACUGCGUCUCCAUGACAACCCAGCGCUCCGGGAGGCGGUCCGAGGGGCAGGGACGGUGCGCUGCGUCUACUUCCUGGACCCGUGGUUUGCCGGCUCCUCCAACGUCGGGGUCAACAGGUGGAGGUUUCUCCUACAGUGUCUGGAGGACUUGGAUGCCAACUUGAGGAAGCUGAACUCACGGCUGUUUGUGAUCAGGGGCCAACCAGCAAACGUGUUCCCAAGACUUUUCAAAGAGUGGAAAAUCAGCCGCCUGACCUUUGAGUAUGAUUCUGAGCCGUUUGGGAAGGAGAGAGACGCAGCCAUCAAGAAACUAGCCAUGGAGGCAGGAGUGGAAGUCAUCGUCAAGAUCUCACACACCCUCUACGACCUGGACAAGAUCAUCGAGCUGAACGGUGGGCAGCCUCCUCUGACAUACAAGCGUUUCCAGACCCUGAUCAGUCGCAUGGACCCUCCAGAGAUGCCCGUGGACGCGCUGUCAGACACUCUGAUGGGCCGCUGUGUCACACCCAUCUCUGAGGACCACGGAGACAAGUAUGGGGUGCCAUCCCUGGAGGAGCUGGGUUUUGACAUCGAGGGCCUGCCUUCAGCUGUGUGGCCAGGAGGAGAGACUGAGGCUUUGACGAGGAUAGAGCGCCAUCUGGAGAGAAAAGCAUGGGUAGCUAACUUUGAGCGUCCUAGGAUGAAUGCUAACUCUCUGCUGGCCAGUCCAACAGGCCUGAGCUCCUACCUGCGCUUUGGCUGCCUCUCCUGCCGCCUCUUCUACUACAAACUCACUGACCUCUACCGCAAGGUGAAAAAGAACAGCUCUCCUCCACUCUCCCUGUACGGCCAGCUGCUUUGGCGCGAGUUCUUCUACACCGCUGCCACCAACAACCCGCGCUUCGACAAGAUGGAGGGCAACCCCAUCUGUGUGCGCAUCCCCUGGGACCGGAACCCUGAGGCCCUGGCCAAGUGGGCCGAGGCCAAGACUGGCUUCCCCUGGAUUGACGCCAUCAUGACCCAGCUCAGGCAGGAGGGCUGGAUUCACCACCUGGCCCGACACGCUGUGGCCUGUUUCCUCACCCGUGGAGACCUGUGGAUCAGCUGGGAGGAGGGCAUGAAGGUGUUCGAGGAGCUGCUCUUGGAUGCAGAUUGGAGCGUGAAUGCUGGGAGCUGGAUGUGGCUGUCCUGCAGUUCAUUUUUCCAGCAGUUUUUCCACUGCUACUGCCCUGUGGGCUUCGGCCGCCGCACCGACCCCAACGGGGACUUCAUCAGACGUUAUUUACCUGUCCUCCGAGGUUUCCCCGCUAAAUACAUCUACGACCCAUGGAACGCUCCAGAGUCCGUGCAGGCCGCCGCCAAAUGCAUCAUCGGAGUGCACUACCCCAAACCCAUGGUCCACCAUGCUGAGGCCAGCCGGCUCAACAUUGAGAGGAUGAAGCAGAUCUACCAACAGCUCAGCCGCUACCGGGGCCUGGGUCUUUUGGCGUCCGUGCCGUCCACCAAUGGGAACGGGAACGGAGGGAUGAUGGCGUACUCACCCGGAGAGCAGCCGCCAGGAUCGAACAGCAACAACAACAGCAGCAGCAACGGGCAUGGGCAUGGGGUAUCAGGCAGCCCGGUUGCUACAGCGAACGGCAGUGGGAGCAUCUUGUUGAACUUUGACAGCGAGGACCAGACAGGGCCCAGCGCUGUGGGUCAGCAGCAGAGCACACAGCAGCAACGAAUGCAACCCAUGCCCCAGCCUCAGACACAGCAGCAGCAGCAGCAGCAGCAGCAUGGAUACCACUCAGUGCCAGACACCAGCCAGACCAUCACCAGCAGCCGAGUUUACCACGAGUUUGCUGUGCCUCAACAUCCAGGACUGCACCUCCACACCAGAGGGGGCAUCACAGGAAAACGAGCGCGAGAGUCGGAACGUGAAGGAUCGGGAGAAGAAGAGCAGGCUUCCUGUUCAGUUCUUAAGAUGCAGCGGCAAAGUACAGAGACUUAACACCAAUGAUGUGCACUUUGUUGUCAUCUCCGAGCCAACAUUCGGCCAGCAGCAGUGAGGCACUGUGGACCCUCUCUCUCUGAAACAGCAGCCGUAGAGAAGUCCGCCUCGUCUCCACACCUGUACACUCACUUUACACAGCAGGCACCAAACAGACAGGUGAAAAUGUGCCCAUGCGCUCAUAUACCCUGUGCAUCGGAAAAGGGAUCUAAAUGCCUCAAAUUUGAGUUUUUUUCUUUUUUUGCACUGUAGUUAUUAUCUACACCAGUUGUUUUUUGUUUGUUGUUUUUUUUUUUAGCAGUUUUGAUGCCUAUUACAUUUGUUAACACAGGAAUGACUGAUUUUGAAAGCGGAUUUAAAUUACAGUGACUUGAUAUGAAAAGUAACAUUCAUAAGUGUUCAAAGCUGUUUUUAACUCAAAUAGUAGCAGUUGCCAAAGCUACAAGCCAAUAAGUUCUCAGAUAACUUCAAUCAUUUAAAUACUUUAAGACCAAACAUUUUAAGUAGCAUAAAUUGUUAGCAAAAAUAUCACUUAAAAUGUAAAACUUUUAAACCAAUAUACUAAUGUUCCUGAAGUUUGAAUGACGUUCUUUUUUACAUACUGAUUAUCCAAUAUAUUAGUUGCAUCAUAUCAUUAGCUUGACAAUUUUAUCAAAAUUCAAUAAAAUUUCUUGCUAAAAAUUAAAUUGAGGUUUAGAUGUACAAAUAUUUUCUUUGAGCAGAAAAACAGUUGAUUUUCCAAAUUUGCCUGGUCCAUUCUUACAAUGUGGCAUUAUGAGUAUUGGAGUCUUUGUGUACCUAGUGCUAUAGUGUGUUUUACUGGACCUAUGUCAGCUUUAUAGAGGUGUUGCUAGUGUAUUUUCAGUUUAAAAAACAAAAAACAAAAAUGUUGCAUUUUUUGCUUUAUUUUUUAAUUUUUUGAUUUUGUUUAAACACACAUAGAAAGUGACAUCUUUUAUGUUAUCACUCAUUUAUGAUUUUAUUUACCAGACCAAUUUGUUAUUUACCUUUUCACUAAAUGUUGUUUUACAAUUUGAAAAGUGUAUAUCAUUCAAAAUGUAAUGUGAAGAGAUUAAAUUAAAUAAUUUAAAAUCAUAAUUCAUUUAAAUGCAAUCAUGAAUAUGAAAUGAUGAAACCAAAUUGUUAAAGCAAACCUAGUUGGAAUUUAAAAAAAAAAUAGAUCAGUUACUCGUAAAAAUUUUAUACAAUUGAUAUAGGGGUUUUUUUUUUGUUUUUUUUUAUGCAUAACAAUUUCUUAAUGAUCUGAUUUGAUUAGCAUAUGUAUGGUUAAAAGUACCACAACAGUAUUGGUGCAACAGUGGUAUUUUUAAAUUCUGCAGUAACCUUUUGACAUACUGAUUAUCCAAUAUAUUGGAUAUUUUUAUUGUACAAAUUUAAUGUACAAAUAUCAAAAAUUCUGUUGAAAUAUUGCCUCUGUCCAAUAGCAAAACAGCUGGUUUUGUUUUUUGGCCCAUACAACACAUUUUCACCUCUCUGUUUCUCCCUGUCUGCUGAUGUUUUUAUUAUUAUUAUUAUUUAAAUGUACUCUCAACAUUACUGUAUUACAUGUAUUACGACCAAUAACUUCAGAGUAUCUUUGAAGUAUCUUUCUGUGGUGUUGGAAAUAGUUUUUUGCUGUGCAACAAUGUUCAACAACCAAAAAGUUUAAGCUGGUGUACACGGACAAUUAAUAUAAAGGCAUAUAUGUACUAUAAUCCAAUGGUUACAGACACAUGACUCAAGGAUGUUUUUUUUUUUUUGUUGUUGGUUUCUCUAAUGUUUCAUAUAAAAAUCAAAAACAACAAAAAUGUUCAGGUGAAAACAGAACUGAAAAUAUUUUUUGUUGGGAAAAUAACAUUCCGUGUACAAUUACCCUCAUUAUGAAGGAUUACUACUACUGUAAUUCGGUGAUAAGUAUAUUUACUGAAUUAUCUGUGACUUUUUGCAUUGUUUGCUAUUUGGGUUUGUUUCACAAUAGCAUCUGCUGUUAGGAGCCAAAUGCAGGUUUCAAUUGAAUUGUGCUAUUUGAAUGAAUAAGGAGAGGAACUGGAGGGUAAUGUCAAAACUCAAAUUUAAUCAAAGAAUGUAGCAUUGUAAAAUACCCUACCCUUACACUUCUACUCAUUGCCCCACUCAAGCUUAACUUUUUCACCAUGUUUGAUGUGGUCAUCUUUAAUUCACUUUGAUUAGGCAAACUCCUCAUAUACAAAAACUCAGCUUCUUUUUGUUUGAAUUCAACAUCAGUAACUAAUUAUUGAUUUUAAAAAACUUCUUUUUUUUUUAAUUGCACUUGCGGGUUAAUACUAUCUAUCAAAAUUGGGCAAAUUAAAAAACUGACUAAAAUUGAAUGGGGGAUUGUUAUUUAAACUUCGUCACCAAAACUGAUUUGAUAUGGCCUACAUAUUACACAUUUUUACUAAACUGCUAAUUAAGCUUCAGCUUAAUCAUCAGAUUAUUUUACCCUCCAGAAUUUUGUUGUUCUAUAAUGGGUGGGAAUGUAUAUUUUUAUGUUUUAGUCAAUGGAUGGGUCUUUUAAUUUAGCAUACAUCUUGAGAACUAAAAAACUAAAAUUUGCUCUGACAGUUAUCUGCACACUUCAAACAGUCCUACAAGCACAAACUUAACAGUCCAGAAACACAUUAUACAAUAUCCAAGUAGGGAUGGGACAAUAUUAAAAUUUAGACCCACAAUUAUUUUGACCAAAAUAAUCGCAAUUAACAGUAUUAUCACGCUAAUUAUUAAACCAAUGUUUAGAUUUUUUUUUUUUUUAAGUCUAAAACAUUAAUUACCAUAAAUUUGCUGGAGUCUGAACAGAUGAACCAACCUGAGAAAGCCCCCAGAAAAAGGAUAUGAUAAAGGAUAUGCUGCAUCGCAGCCAUCAGCUGUGCAAAAUCAAAGUCGACACAGACAUGUACCAUUAUUCAUACAAAUCCAAACUAACAUAAAUUACAUUCAAUAGUUGGUUUCACAUGGUCUAUUACUUACGAUGGAUAUUUUUGGCUCAAGUUUGCAAAUGUGCGUGCAAGUUGGCUGUUUGCUCUCGCAGCUGCAACUUUUUUUUGGCAGGCUCUGCAGAUUGGUGGCUCAUCUUCUUGGUUUUGUUUUUCAAAGCCAUAAUAAUGACACACAGCAGACUUCACCUUCUUGAGUGGAGGUGGAUAAAAGUGUGGCGUCAUCCGUAAAGGCGAUUAUAAUCGUGUGCAAUGAUCACGAUUAUUACAAAAAGCCACAAACGAUUAAUUGCAGACCUUUUUUGAUCGCGAUUAGCGAUAUUAUCGUAUAUCGUCCCAUCCCUACCGUGUUAUUAUAGUGAUGCGCCAUUGGUAAAAUGUAAAAAUAUGACUGCAACAGAUUAUUUCUGGGAAGUCUACUGCUAUCUAUAUUACUUCUGUCUGAGAGUGUGCAAUGUGACCUGACAGUUGAAAACCACAGAGCACAGGUGAGGGGGGACAGGUUUCAUAUCUAAGAUGUACUGGUGAAAAAAAUUUAAUAAAAAUCAAUUUACAGAUGGUAGCUUUAAGUAGCGUAAAAUAUUGAAUUGACAGUAACCAUUUUGAGGUGUGUCCAUAUAAAGUACUUGAUAUUACUGCUGGGGUGGGGUGGGCCGUGCAGGGGAGGGGCUUAGAUGCAAAUUAAAAUCUCUUGUUGUAUUCCUGUGUUCUAAAUCUGUAUGUUCUCAAAAGGAUGACCAUUGUUCGUUUUUGUAGCUUUUGUCACUAUGGAUAAGAAACAGUUUUUAUUCUCGCUUGUUUUGUUUUGUUUAUUUUGCGCCCCCUGCUGGAGGGCACAGCUGCCAUCUAUUAUCAUUACUGUAUUGCGCUCUGUCUCUCCUUGUGUUGUGGAAGGCUUUUCUCGUGCUUGAUCAAGUUCAUGAGCGGAAUUAAAAAUUGUUAUAACAA